GCCUUGCAGCUUGCCACAAGCGACGCCGCGAAGCGCCCGGGCGCGAGAUCGAGAUUGCUGUCCCGUGUGCGUCACCCGAACCUCGUCAAGAUCUACGAGUGGAAGUUUACGGUCUCGUACCUGCUCUUGACGACAGAGUACUGUCCCAAUGGUGAUCUUUUCGAUUCCAACCAAACCUACCAGCCGCUGCCGCUCCAGACGAUCCGAAAGUUCACCGGGCAGAUCGCGGCCGGCCUCGGUGCGCUCCACGCUGCUCACGUCAUGCACCGCGACAUCAAGCCCGAAAACAUCUACGUCGACUACAACGAGAACCUCAAGAUUGGCGACUUUGGCGUCUCGAUCGUUCGUCGUCGCCCUCGUCUCGGCAACCACUGUGGCACUUUGGCGUUCCAGGCACCUGAGCUCCUUCGCGGCGAGCCCUACGACCAUUCGAUCGACGUGUGGGCCGCUGGCGUCGUGCUCUACGAGCUGCUGACGUCCGAGUCGCCCUUUCAGACCCGGUCCAGCAUCCUCCGUGGCGAGUAUGAAACGCCCGAUUACGCGUCGCCGCUCUUGCAAGACCUCCUUCGCGGU